AUGGUUAUCAUCGAUGAUGACUUCCUUACUCCACGCGAUCUGCUCAUUGAUGAGGAAUUUUGCGUAAGAGUUGAGAAUAUCAAUAUUAUCCUGCAAUUCAUUCAGAUUAGUCGCUCUAUACCCAAGAACUCGGAAGAUCUUAUUAAAGAAUGCUUUGUCACUCCAAUUCUCCAGUUUUUGCAUCUACAAGGAGUAUGUAAAGCAAUUAUCCCAUCGAGAGACAAUAACUUAUCCCAGCAGAUUGCAGACACCCUGAGCAAUGUGGUGAAUCAAUUCUUGGUGGCUGUGUUAGAAAGACUAUCAGACAGGUGCCGCCGCAUGGUUGAGAUGGCAGAAGAUGCUCAUAAUGAUUUUGACACAAUUUUCACACUCCUUCAAGAAAGCCACGAUGCGCCAGGCAGUAUGGCAAGCUUUCGAAUUCAUCGUCUGAUCGCAAAGUACAGGGCAGACAUCGAUGCAUUGACUGAUGGUAUUGGACGGGAUAACAAAACCAUAAGUGAGGUCAUCCAGUCAAACAACGAGGCAAAAAUUACUCUCAUGGGCCUUUCUCGUCAACUCGAGCAAGAUUUGCGCAGUAUACCUCCUAUUGUGGUUUGGCUGGAAGAAACAGCCCUGUCGGUACAUAUCGAAGAUGGUAUAGCAAAAAUACAGGUGAGCAAUCUCGGCCCGUUCAUGUAA